GAGACCGGCAAGCAAGCCGCUCGUUCAGGCUUUUCUCCGUUGGAAAAACUUUCCGUGCCUACUGUUGAGUGCUCGAGGGUCAUCAUAUCUCAAUCAUCUUUCAAAGGGACUACGUUCCUAAAAAGGCAUAUGUUAGAAGAUGCGGCUAUUCAAUUUAGUAUUUGUUUUGAUAUUAUUGAUUCCUGUUAAUGCUCAUGGACAGUCAAAAUUCACGAGGACAUACGAAUGCGUCCAGAGUAACAGAUGUCGACGCUCGGUACGUCCGGUCAGCGACAUUGGCGGUUUAUCUCAGCACCCGAGCCUUCAGGCAUGCAAACUCGUCUGCGCGUCCGGAGCCGGACUUUGGCCGAUACCGACGGGACCAAUAAAUACUGGCAGCAACUAUCUAACUAUUCACCCAGAGAAUUUUCAAUUUAUAAGAGUUGAUAACGUCACGGAUCAAGCGCGCAUUUUCAUAUCAAAGGCUAUCGACAUUUUCAUGGAGAACGUUCGUUCUAUUUGUACAUUCAAUUGUAAGCAAGUUAGCAGGAAAAUUUCGGUGAAUUUGAAGGUCGAAUCCUCUAAUCUGGAUCUCAACUGGGAAACCAAUGAAGGAUACGAUUUGGAAAUUUCCACUACUGGUUCCGAUGUGUCUAUCUUCGUUUCGGCACACACUGUUUACGGCAUGCGUCACGGCCUGGAGACGCUAUUGCAAUUAGUAGCACCUGUGCGAGAUCUCGGGAAGAUAGUUAUCCUGGAUUUUGCGACGGUGCAUGAUAAGCCGGUGUUCCAGCAUCGCGGACUUCUCAUCGAUACCGCGAGAAACUUCCUACCGGUACCAGAUAUUCUGCGUACUAUCGACGCCCUCGCCUCCGUCAAGAUGAAUGUCCUGCACUGGCACGCCACCGAUAGUCAGAGCUUUCCACUCGAGAUUAGAAGCGAACCACUAAUGACCAUGUACGGAGCUUACAGCCCUGAGCAAAUAUAUACUGUGGAGGACAUGCAGAAAAUAAAGAAAUAUGCCAACUCGAGAGGAAUUAGAAUUAUUUUAGAACUUGAUUCUCCGUCUCAUGCUGGGGCUGGCUGGGAGUGGGGCGAGUCCGAAGGUUUGGGUAAUUUAGCGGUAUGUGUUAAUCAGCAGCCUUGGCGUGAAUUUUGCAUCCAGCCCCCGUGUGGUCAGCUCAACCCCGUUAAUCCCAAUACUUUCAACGUUCUCCGGAAUAUUUACAAAGAACUCUUGAAUACGUUUGGUCGACAUGGAUUGAUGCAUCUUGGUGGCGAUGAGCUUUUUAUGAACUGUUGGAACUCCACGGAGGAAAUAACAACCGAGAUGGCUAAAAUCGGCCUUGGACGAACUACCGAGGACUUUUUGAAACUUUGGGCAUAUGUUCAUAACAAGCAGUUGGAGAUAUUGAAUUCAGAAAGUAAUGAUAAAAGUACGGAAAGUGUUAUUGUAUGGAGCUCGAUGUUAACCUCGCCAGAAUUUAUAGAAAAUUAUUUAAAUAAAACGACAUUUAUUGUGCAAACGUGGGUCGAAUCUAAUACAUAUUUGAUCAAUAAACUUCUUGGUCUGGGUUACAAAUUAAUUAUAUCAACAAAGGAUGCUUGGUACUUGGAUCAUGGAUUUUGGGGCCAGACAAAAUAUCAUACCUGGCGCGAAGCUUUCAAUAAUCAUAUACCACAACAUUCUGGAGUAUUGGGAGGUGAAGCUUGCAUUUGGGGCGAAUAUGUAUUCGGUGAAAAUUUGGACUCACGAGUGUGGCCGAGAACAGCCGCGGUCGCCGAAAGAUUAUGGAGCGAUCCUUCCAAAAUUAAACUACAAUCACAAAUUGAGAGACUGAUGUGGAGGAGAAUCUCGCCCGAGGCGAUUUCACCCGAGUGGUGUAGACAGAAUGAGGCCCAAUGUUGGUAAACUGUGAUUCUAUUGAACGGUUUAGACUCAAACAAACGUCAUUGCAAAGUUAGUCAUUAGUUUUAAUUCUUAAGAGAGUUAUAAAUUUUUUAUCUUACUUUUGACCAGUGUGUGUACGUAUUUUUUUGUAAUGAUGAAAGUAA